AAGCCGCGCUCAUAUGUGAUCUCGCGCUUCUUCUCUUCAUGUGCUUCUCAGCCCAAAUGUCUCUCAAUCUGCUUCAAUCGAUCCCUUCCCAGCCAUCGCCUGCUGACUUCUAUGCUUCUGCCCUUCAGACGUGCCUACGGACGGAGAACCUCUCCGUGGGGAGAUCCAUCCACGCCCAUGUCAUCAAAGCCGGGCUCCAACUUGGUAUCUACCUUGCCAACAAUCUCAUAUGCCUUUACGCCAAGUUUGGGAUUUUCGAAGAUGCCCACCAUGUUUUCGAUGAGAUGCCCAUCAAGGACGCAUUCUCGUGGAAUACGGUCUUGUCUAUGUAUGCAAAACAUCGAAUGAUUCGCAUGGCGAACAAUAUGUUCGAUAAAAUGCCCCAAAAGGACUCGGUUUCUUGGACCACAAUGAUUGUUGGACUGAAUCUAAUGGGUCAAUUUGAACGGGCGGUUUGCAUGUUUUCUGACAUGAUUCGGAUCAGGGCUCCGCCAUCACGGUUCAUAUUAACCAAUGUGCUUUCUUCAUGUGCGGCCCUUGAGGCGUUGGAUUUCGGUAAGGAGGUGCAUUCUUUUGUGGUUAAGCUCGGGCUUGGUGGUGUUGUUUCUAUCGCCAAUUCCCUUAUCAACAUGUAUGGAAAGUCCGGUGAUGUAGAUACCGCAAAGGCUGUUUUCAAUGGGAUGACACUGAGGAGUGUAUCGAGUUGGAAUUCUAUGAUUUCCUUGUUUUCUCAGUCUGGAAGGAUGGAUCUUGCUCGGGAAAAAUUUGAGGAAAUGACUGACCAUAAUAUUGUUUCUUGGAGUGCAAUCAUUGCAGGGUACAAUCAGAAUAACUUGAAUAAGGAGGCACUGGAGUUGUUCUCGAGGAUGCUUAAUGAUCAAUCUGCAGUCCCUGAUAAUUUCACGUUAACCAGUGCUCUAGCUGCUUGUGCUUACCUUGGGAAACUGGAACUGGGAAAGCAGAUUCAUUCGCACAUCUUAAGAACUGCAGUUCCAUGUCAUGGGCAGGUUAGGAAUGCUUUGAUCUCAAUGUACUCCAAGUCCGGUGGGGUUGAAAUGGCUCGAAGGGUCUUCAAACAAACCAUGGUUUCUGAUCUCAAUGUAAUAGCCUUUACUUCACUCCUUGAGGGUUAUGUUAAGCUUGGAGACUUGCAACCAGCUAGAGAAAUCUUUGACUCAAUGAAGUAUCAUGAUGUUAUUGCUUGGACAGCUAUGAUUGUGGGGUACGUGCAAAAUGGUUUAAAUAGUGAAGCUAUGGAACUUUUUAGGUUGAUGAUUGACAAAGGUCCUAAGCCGAACAGUUACACUCUGGCCGCAAUGCUGAAGGCUUGUUCCAGCUGGACAUCCUUGGAUCAAGGCAAGCAGAUUCAUUGUAAAGCUAUCAGAUCAGAGGGGCUGUCAGUUUCUGUAAGCAAUUCCCUUAUUACCAUGUAUGCUAGAUCUGGAAGCAUCGCAGGAGCAAAGAGAGUGUUCAAUCAGAUUUGUCAGAGUAAGGAAACUUUUUUAUGGACUUCAAUGAUCAUAGCUUUGGCUCAACAUGGACUAGGAGAAGAAGCUAUAGGCUUGUUUGAAAAGAUGAUCAACAUAGGUGUGAGACCUGACGAUAUAACAUAUGUUGGUGUUAUUUCAGCUUGUACACAUGCAGGACUGGUAGCAAAAGGGAAACAUUAUUUUCGACAGAUGCAGACGAAACAUAUGAUCCAACCCACACAGAGCCAUCAUACAUGCAUGAUUGAUAUGCUUGCACGUGCUGGUUUACUUCAGGAAGCCCAAGAGUUUAUAAACAUGAUGCCAAUGGAAGCAGAUGCUAUAGCAUGGGGGGCACUUCUGUCUGCUUGUAAAGUUCAUAAAGAUGCUAACAUGGCGAAGAUUGCAGCAGAAAAAUUACUGGCUAUUGAUCCUGAUAACAGUGGUGCUUAUUCUGUGCUUGCUAGUGUAUAUUCUGCAUGUGGAAGAUGGGAUGAUGCUGCUAAGAUUUGGAAGCUAAUGAAGGAUAAAGGAGUGAAAAAGGAGCAAGGAUUUAGCUGGAUAAACAAUGAAUAAGAUUUAUGUAUUUGGGUUGGACAAUUGAUUGCACCCACAGAGAGAUGCAACAUUUCAGAUGGCUUUAAAGCUCUGGAAGAUAAAAAAGCAGGUUUUGGCCAUGACGAGGAUCUGAAAGAGCAAUUUCUCAGUAGUCAUGGCUACGGACUUGUUGCUUUUUGGUUGAUCAGUACUCCUGAGAACACAAACUUUUAAGGAUUAUGAAGAGCCUAAGAAUCUGCAAUGACCACCAAUCUGCAAUGAAGCUUAUAUCCAAAGUUGUAGGAAGGGAUAUUGCCAUGUCACGAUGCUUCGUGCUUUCAUCUACAACUAUCCAGAUGAUUGGUAUUUUAUUCAGGAGAUUUUGGCCUAAUAACAGACAAGGACAGUUACUGUAAAUUCCACUGUAUACCAUACUACCAACAAGGAAAAAUUAGUAAGCUGAAGAUAUCUUUCUGGGGUUGAGACCCAGCAUGGCCUUUGCAGCAGAGGAUUUACUGCAGUGGCCACUAGUUCCUCCCCAAUUGUAAUUUAUAACCCUUUGGUUAUAAAUCCAUAAAUUUAUGGCCUUUGGCUUUCAUGAGAAAUAGGUGGACCUGAUAUCAGGGGGCAUUAUAAACAACACCAUACGACCUAAAAUUCCAACUUGGUGUGAUCCUGAGUGGAAGUCCCUGAUGGAAAGUUGUUGGUCUUCUGGUCCAGCAUUGAGGCCUUCAUUCUCUGUGAUAUCUCAGAAGUUGAGGAAAAUGGCUGCAGCGAUCAAUUUGAAAUGAAGCUUGACUACAAAUGCAAUAGAGCCUUCUUUCCGUAUUCUUCUCUCAAUUGUCGAGAAAAAUCAAAGAUACACACUGCAAGCUUUAUUGCAUUUGCCACAUAGCAUACAGGAUCUCGGUGGAUGGAUCCUUAGGGAUCUAUGGACAUUGUCAGUGCUACCAUACAUAGCAUAAUUGCUCAGGUGCAAGAACAUAAAAUAAGUGCAGCUAUUCUUGCCUUUAUCAUUCAGCGAUUAGUGUGUCAAUGUAAAUUCUAUGUGUUGUAAUGGCAAUGUUUGCUCGCUUGCUUGCCUCUCUCUGUAUAACCUUUUUUUUGGAAAAGAUUGAUCACACAGCUA